AUGGCGUCUAUCAUCUCAAUGAAAUCAUCUCUACACAGUCCGGUUACUGUUAUCAAGGGCCUCGAUUCAUUCCUAUCUUCUCUACGGGCAAACCUGCAAAUCUCCUAUGAAGACCUCAAUGCCACCCACCUAGAGGCCUUUCACUACCCCCCAGGGCGUUACGACCUACGCAUUUCACCGUACUCGAAUGACCUAACACCCUCUUCUGGGUUCGCUGAUGAUCUUGAAGAUCCACCCUCCCCAACAGACACUUCGACUACCUCUACCACCCAAUCCUACUCAGCACCUACAACAUGGACAUACCAUGCCACAACAGAAGAUGACCGUCAGGCUGCUCUGCAAUUGAUUGCCGAGAGCAUUCAAGAGCAACGAAGCAUUGCAAUUCGCAGUAUCUUUCUGCAUCCUGCCACCCUAGCCGUGGCCUUUCUAAUAAUCACCAUAAUAAUACGCUGUGCGUUGCAUGCAACGCAGCGAAGGGCGCCGGUAGCAUGCUGCAUCGGAACAGGUAUUAUGAUCGCAGCACUAUUCGCCGCUGAACGUGCAACUCGAAAGUACAUCACCCUCGCCUCAGCAGUAGGAGACUCAACCUGGCUGAGAGAGGGACUCUACCAACAACAACAGCAACAACGUAACCAUAAUAACGGAUCCGCUGGCGGAUCCAAGCACCACCACUCUCAUUCCCAUCACAAUUCAAUGCCCCUCGAAGACGAAAUCCUCAUCACCAAAGACAACGACCAAGUCGUCGGUGCCCUUGUGCUCCGCACCGCUCGCACAAACGCCCUUUCCUCUGGGGCACCAAGUGCCAAUGGCAUGCGCGCCCUCCGUCACCGACACAGCAACAGCUCCUCAUCCGGUCGCUUGACAGGCGUCAUUCGCGCAUGGGCUGUCAAAUCAACCCACCGCCAACGCGGGUUGGGGUUGGGCCUCCUCGAAUCAGCCGUUUCCAUUUGUCGGGUACGCAGACUCGAUGGCCCCAUCUUUGCCGAUGAGCAGUUGAACAGUGCGCAUAUGCCCGGCUUGAGGACUUUGUGUUGGCCAUUCAAUGCCGAGUUUGAGAAGGUCGAGGAACAAGCUAAGGAUUGUUUGAAGGGGGUGAUUGAGGGGAAGGAGAGAUGGAGGAAGUGA